AUGACUUCCCUUUCAGGAUCUUCAAAAAAUGGAAUCAACUCAAGGUUCUCAUUUGACGCAGAUGAAAUUUGCCCGAUAUGUAAGAACAAUAGAUACCUUACACCUAAUAUGAAACUACUUGUUAGCGACUGUUAUCAUAAAAUGUGUGAAUCAUGUAUAGAUAGAUUAUUCGCCAACGGAGCGGGACCAUGUCCGAUUUGUCAAAGAAUUUUAAGAAAAGUUAGUUUUAUUGAACCCACAUUUGAAGAUUUACGUGUAGAAAAAGAAGUAAAGAUUAGAAGGAAUUUAUCAAAACAGUUUAAUAAACGGCAAGAAGAUUUUCAGAAUUUACGAAAAUACAAUGAUUACUUGGAAAUGGUUGAAAAUAUCGCAUGGAAUCUUAUCAAUGAAGUGAACAAAAAAGAAACCGAAGCUUUGAUUGACAAAUUUGCUAAUGAAAAUAAAGAAAUAAUAGCUCAUAAUAAACGUAAACAAGAAGAAGAAACCAAAAUGGUAAAUUAUCUUAAUGAAAAGGAGAAAUCGGAAAAGCGUUUGAAAUUUGAGAAUUAUAAAAAGGAAUUGGAUGAAGAGAAAAAAAGAAGGGAAAAACAUGAAGCCGAAUUAAUCGAAGAACUGGCGAAUUCAAAAGGUUCUGCGGCCGAUAUUUUAGCAGAAAAGAAGGCCAUGAGAGAAAUAGAAGAUUCACAAGAAUUUGAUCCAAUUUCCUCUGAAUAUUUGGACAUUGAUUGUUAUACACUUAAAGACAAAUAUUAUGAUCCUUAUACGGAAAUCAAUACUCGACUACGUGCUGGUGGAUUUAUUCCAAAAUUUGUACAUGAAAGAGCUUUACAAGCUGCAUUUUCUGGACUUUUUACAUUUACCAAAUCCGAUGAUAUGGAAGUUGAAUAA